AUGGAUACGAAGGGAGUCCUAUCAUCACCACCGCAGUCACAGAGUACUGCACAGUUGAAGUAUGUCCAAGAACUAGCAACUAGUGGAGAACAACCGCCACCAAAAUAUUUCCAUAAAGAUGUUAACGUUCAAGGGAAGCAGGUAACUACAGAUGAUUUGUCAUCAGUUCCGAUAAUUGAUAUUAGUCGUUUAACGUCUAACGCAUCCAUCGAAGAGAAAGAAGAAGAGAUGGCGAAGUUAAAAUCUGCUUUGGAUUAUAGACUUUCAGGCAGUAGGGCAUGUAUUCCACAAAAUUUACUGGAUGAUAUUUAUAAUAUUUCCAAGAAUUUCUUUGAUCUUCCUGUUGAAGAAAAGCAAAGGUACGCGUCAUCUAAAGACGAUGAAAUAUUUGACUUACAGGGAUUUGGGAGUGAUUCCAUUGGAGCAAAUAUUGAUGGUCAGGUUCUCGAUUGGUCAGAUCGUCUAUACCUGUUAAACGAACCAGUAGAUGAGCGAAAGCUUCGCUACUGGCCUGGUGAUGAUUCUCCAUUGCAUUUCAGGAGAACUUUGGAGGAGUAUAGCGUCCAGACGAGAUCAGAAUCGGAGAUCAUUUUAAAGGCAAUGGCCAAAUCACUAGGAUUAGAAGAGAAUGACUUCCUCAACCAGCUGGGUGAUCGACAGUACGUGUACACAAGGUUUAAUUUCUAUCCUCCUUGCUCUAGACUAGAUCUUGUUUACGGCUUAAAAGCUCAUACAGAUGGAUGAGCAAUAACUGUUCUUCUGCAAGACCCUGAAGUAAGAGGUCUUCAAGUUCAUAAAGAUGAUCAAUGGGUUAGUGUUCCAUGUA